AUGUGCCUCAGCAGUGGCUGGUACGUGGAUGCGCGAGAAACGGCCAACAUGGCACGAUUCAUUAAUCAUUCCUGCGAUCCCAAUUGCAUCUUGUGGCGGUUCAACGUGGGAGGGUACAUGCGAGAUGGGAUCUUUGCCCUGCGCGACAUUCAGCCGGGUGAAUUCUUGAGUUACGAUUACCACUUUGAUACCAAACAGGGCGACAAGUUUGUCUGCCGAUGUGGGAGUAAGAAUUGUCGUGGGACCAUGAAGGAGCAACAGCAAAAAAAGGCCGACACCAGAAAACCAAGGGCAACUGGAACAAGCAAAAAAGUACGAAAAAGCAAGAGUAUAUCAAAAUACAAUGCGCACGAAAACACAACGCGACGGGUGGCCAUGGUCCGGAACUAGACAGUGGCAAUACAAAGGGGGGAGACAAGGUAGAAUGGACGUCCAACGGUGUUCCCGAGAUUGAUCGGUUUUACGCCACUCGCUCCGCGUCUUUUUUGUGUGGAACGCAGUGCUGGGUCAAUUUUGCGUCUCGAAUGCUCGAAUGGAUGUCGUCGUCGACGACGUAAUCGGCAACCUCGCCUCUGCUGCAGCGCAACCCAAGGUUACCAUGGAUGUGCUGCCAUUUGAGCACUCAAGGCCGCGCUUAGAUUUGGCAGUUGGAAGGACGGGAUGAGGUACACCCGAGCUUAAAACGGAAAGAACAAGUCUUUCCGGUGUGGUUUGUGCCGGUGCUGCACUCAUGUUUAGCUAGCUAGCAAGUCAUUCUCGAAUCUAGCAAAAUGGUACCGUUACUAUGGUACUCGCCUGUUUAGCUACUAGUAACCGACAAUCGUUGUGCACUGCCCUUCAGCCCUCAAACAAACUAUCAUGUGGCCUGGUUUCGACAAGUUUAAGCCGUAGCCGAUAUGCCAAUGACCAGCCAAAGGAGCAAUACU